UUAGUAAAACAGCCAUGUCACUGAGCGACCUCCCAAAGUCGGACUGGAGUUUGAAUGACUUUGAGGUUGGUAAACCACUAGGAAAAGGAAAGUUUGGCAGAGUGUAUCUGGCGCGGGAAAAGCGCACCAAGUUCAUUGUGGCGCUGAAAGUGCUGUUCAAGUCGGAGCUGAGGAAGAACCGAGUGGAACAUCAGCUGAGGAGGGAGAUUGAGAUUCAGUCUCAUCUUGAUCACGAUAACAUUCUCAGAUUAUACGGCUGGUUCCACGAUGAAACGCGGAUAUACCUGAUUCUGGAGUUCGCACCUAAAGGUGAACUGUACGGAGUACUCACUAAACUUGGUAGAUUCGACGAGAAAGUUGCUGCGAAUUAUAUUCUCCAGCUUUCAUGUGCUCUUCAACACUGUCAUCAAAACAACGUGAUUCACAGAGAUAUAAAACCAGAGAACCUACUAAUCGGAGGUAAGCCAGGACACACAGACUGGGACGUACUGAAGAUAGCAGACUUUGGGUGGAGUGUGCACGCGCCCAGUAACAGACGCAAGACCAUGUGUGGUACGCUGGAUUAUCUUCCUCCUGAGAUGGUUGUAGGGAAAGAGCAUGACGAUAAGGUUGACAUCUGGUGCUUGGGGAUUCUAUGUUACGAGUUCCUGGUCGGUAAACCUCCUUUCGAAGCUGACGGACACGAGGAGACUUACAAUCGUAUCCUGAACACUCCCGUCGAGUUUCCUGCGCACGUCAGCAAACUUGCACGGCACUUUAUCAGUGGGAUCCUGCGCAAGCGCCCUGAGAAGCGCUUAACGCUCAAGGAAAUAUCAAAGCACCCUUGGAUUGUUGCAAACGCGCGAGCAGAGUUGGAAAACGUGGCGCCCAAUUGUGGGGAAGGUGAGGGUACGAAGUUGUGAGGAAAUGAUCAGUAGUGUAAUAUUUCACGGAGGAAAUUGUAGUAUUCCAGUCGAGUAGAGGUUGAAGAGGUGUGACAAAGGAUUAUGAGUGAUAUUCUAAUUCUAAUUAUUCAUUUCAAUAUCAAUUUUAUUAUUUCUAUAUUAUAGCCAAACUAUGAGAUUAAUUUUAUUAGCUUUAUAGUCUAUUCACUUACCGCAAUAUGAACCAUUUUGGUAAGCAAUGCCGAUUAUAUCGAAAACAAACAAACUACAGUUAAACCUUGAUUUACUGGGGUUUGUAUGACGGUGCCACGAUAGUUCCUCAGAUCCCCCGAAAGCGUUAAUCAUAACCACCUUUUUCUGGGGAUAAUUCUCAAUAAAUCAGGGUUUGACUGUACAAUGUGUAUUGUGCAGUGGUUGCGAUAUUUUUUGUUUAUUUCAGAUUUAAGUUUUGACAACGCUUUAAUAAAAUUGUCGAUAGUUUCCUCACAUUUAUAAAUCUCUUGACGUGCAGUAGGUCUGACGUGGUAGGUUGUAUAUGCUAUUUUUGUUGUUAUUUACUUUUAUUUGAAAGGUAAUUCAUCGGCGGCAUAGCAUUAAUGCGAGGGAUACGACUAUAAUUGUAGCACUCAAGAAUAUUUCUGUUCAAGUAUCUAUAUUGAAUGAUAUGAUUAUAAAUUCUGAAC